UACAAUAGUUGACGCAACAAACAACAGCAACAAACUUAAUUUAAAAAACAAAUUUAGAGAGAAAAAUGCAUAAAUUACAAGCUCUAUUAAGCUUAGACGCUGUCAUGCUAAUUAGCGCGCUUUUACUGCUCACAUUGCAGCUACACCUCUGCCCUGCGAGCGCUUGGAUGCCCGAUGUACGCCCAGAUUUGCAACCAAAACAAGAUAUUAUUAUCGCCAAGUUCUUAGGAAAUACAACGGAUUAUUUUAAAAUUUUGGAUCAUGACGAUGCUACCAUGCUAGUUGGAGCAAAAGAUGUUAUCUAUAAUAUAAGUCUAAAUGGUUUACUUGAGAAUAGUCGUUUGGAGUGGUACUCAUCAGAUGCAGAUCGUGAACUUUGUGCGCUAAAAGGUAAACACGAAGCAGACUGUCACAAUUACCUGCGAGUUUUUGCACGUGUUAGUGAUGGCAAGAUCUUGAUAUGUGGCACCAAUUCGUACAAGCCGCGAUGUCGUCACUAUAAACCACUAAGCGAAGUAAAACCAAAUACAGCGCCUAAAUAUGAGAUUGUGUAUGAUGUUGAGGCUCAAGGCCUUUGCCCCUAUAGUCCAGCACAUAACAGCACUUAUGCAUAUGCAGAUGAUCAGCUAUAUAGCGCAACUGUAGCUGAUUUUUCUGGCAGUGAUCCGUUAAUAUAUCGUGAGAGUCUGCGUACUGAACAAUACGAUCUAAAGCAAUUGAAUCAGCCAGACUUUGUGGGUGCCAUAGAACGAAAUGGUUACGUUUUGUUUUUCUUUAGGGAAAUAGCAAUGGAAUAUAUGAAUCUUGGCAAGACAAUAUAUUCACGUGUUGCACGUGUCUGUAAAAACGACCGUGGUGGUCCUUAUGCAUUACAAAAAAGUUGGACAUCAUUUUUAAAAGCGCGUCUUAACUGCUCUGUGCCUGGAGAUUUUCCAUUUUACUUUGAUGAAAUACAGGCUAUAACACCAAUCAUUGAGAGUGGUGUAAAUUCACUUAUAUAUGCUGUGUUUACCACUUCUGUAAAUGCUAUACCAGGCUCGGCAGUUUGUGCUUAUAAUGUAGAUGAUAUAAUGAAAUCAUUUGAAGGACGAUUUAAAUCACAAAAAGACUCACAUUCUCAUUGGUCAGCUAAUCAAGAUGAGCAAGUACCUGAUUCUACAAGACCAGGGCAAUGUGUUGAUGACUCUCGUAUGUUAUCCAGCAUUGCUGUUAAUUUCGUUAAAAAUCAUCCAUUAAUGGAUGAAGCUGUGCCUGCUGUUUAUGGUCGCCCACUCUUAACAAAAGUGAAUUUACAUCAUCGCCUCACCGCAAUUGCAAUUGAUCCACAAAUACUUGCUUUAAAUGGACAAUUUUAUGAUGUUAUUUAUACUGGUACAGAUGAUGGUAAAAUUACUAAGUUCAUAAAUAUACCCGCUCCAUCGAUUACGAAUAGUGCAGAAGCUGUAGAUAAACUGAAAACUGUUGUUAUAUCUGAAUAUCAAGUUUUACCUAUCGGCGUACCAGUACGUGAAUUGGUGGUUUCAUCGAAAACUAAUACAUUAUUGGUUGCAAGUGAUGGCAGCUUAGUUACAGUACCUUUACAUCACUGUGCGCAUAUUGUCGACUGUUUGGGUUGUUUAAGUUUGCAGGAUCCCAACUGUGCUUGGGAUCAACAAAAUCAGGAAUGCAAGAGUUUAUCGCGUAGUAAUAAUAAAUUUGGUACAAAAGCAUUUUUACAAAGUUUAAAUAGCACAAAGAAAGCAGCUGCUUCGCUUUGUCCAAAGACGGUGCGUGGCACAUUAACUGGUGAUGGUCCUGCAAGUGUUGGUAGUAUUGGAUUUGAUUUAUUAUCAGCACAAACGCCACAGACUGAUGAAGAUUUAAAUAAAAAGCUGCACUACGCGAAAGUAGGUGCCAAUGUAAAUGAAGUCAAUACAGACAGCAGCUCUGUAGGUGGCAUUGAUGUUGUUGGAGACUUCUUUAACAAUGGUUUUGAUGACAAAAAAAUGAUGAUUCCAGUAGAUCCUGAUGACUUAAUGAACUCACUUAAUGUUCCAUUGCAUUCUACUGCCAAUAUAGAUGAUCAAAGAUUACAAUAUGCAGGCAAUAGUUACUUUUGGGGUUUCGGAGCUGUUGCACUUUCUCUGGUAUUUAUUAUUGGCAUGUUUGUGGGUCUUUACACUUCCAAACAAAUCUGUAAAGGAACGGCACUACAUGCAAACCACCGAAAUCAAUUUAAUUCAAAUACGCAAUUUGGCGUUAAGCAUCAUAAUAGCGGUAAAGAUGUAAAUCUGUUAAUGAAUCCCAAUCAUUUCUGUAAUCAGAAAAAGCCUAAUCUUGAUCUUGAGAAAGAUCGUAGUCAUGAGUGCAAGAAUUCUACGGAGAAUCUGGAAAAGGAAAUCCCAUGUAAAACGUCUACACUGACAAAGGUGAAGCGUACAUAUAUAUAGUUAGGAUAUUUAAUAAGUUGACCAUAUUGAUAAAGAAAUUAAUAGAUUUACACCAUUACAGUGAGAGUGACGUUAUAGUUUUUGAGAACUGAGUAUGUAUGUUAGUAUUAAAACGUGAAACUAAGGUUGAUUUAGCUUAUCAAAUAAGGCUAUCAUAUAUAGGUAUGUUUGUUAUAGUACCAGAAUCUCAGCUGUAGAGUUUUAGUUUACACAAAUUUUAAGCCUAGUGAGGAAAUAGCGCUAUAACAGCUUUGAUAUACAUUUUAAUACUACAUUUAUCAGCGAAACUAUAAAAAUCUAAAAGAAAAAUUAAUCAGAAAUUAUACUCGAAUGUGUUAGAAUAGUAAGAGUGAAACGUUUCAAACGUUAACCCUUUAAAAUUGUUCAAAGUUUGAUUUUUGAUAGUUCUACUUGUUGUUUAGUCCUUCUCCAAACAAUCUUAAAUAUUUUUUUA